AUGGCAUCUGCCUCCGAUACGACCAGGGAGGGUGAACAGCCUAUCCGAGACAUCCCUGGUGAAGCCGAGCACGUCGAAGAUGUUGGGAACCGAGGCGGCAUCCCACAGAUCGAAAGUCCGCCGGAGUCGGAGCCGUCGUCCUCGGAUACAAUCCUUGAUAUCUGGCCAGACUCAAGCUCGGAAGUGGAUCCCGCAAUUAUUAGGCGUGUGCGGCAGCUCGUGGACCAGAUCGGUAUUGGAGAAGAGCUCCUACGCCAAAUUUUCCUGCGGGCGAGGACUUCGACCUUACCAUUGAAUGCUAGGGUCAGACAUAGGAAGUCCACCGAGACAUUGUAUGUGACAGGUCGUGGUAUUUGUUCAUGGUCAAAAGAUGAUGACAAUUACUCCCAAAGCAACUUGAAAAUCUCCGAUAUUCAGCUCACCACCGAGCGCUUCAACCUCUAUCUACUGUGGCUGUACACCUACGACUACCCACUCCUGAGUCGAUGGAGAGACCAACUCUGGCCAGACGACUUGGAGGGAGCCCUUGAGGUAUUAAUCCUCGCAGCGCAUGUGAAGUCAAGGAAGCAACACGACCAUGAUCUAUUGCGCAAAUCUCAACAAACGGUAGAGGAAAUCUUACCAACCAAGGUCAUGAUCCUGACCGACGACGAGCUGUCACCAUAUCACAAAGAGGCACGCGCCAGCAUUGAAAGAUUUCUAGAGAUCCUCUUCGAGCAACAGUCCAAAGUCGAAUACUUCAACACACUUCGAACUCAAUUCAUGACGGAUAUAUUCUUCAAUUCGAGCGUACUCCUGCCCAAGCACAAGUGGUUGAACAAGUGGAUUGGGAGGUCGCCUGCCUUCAAAGCAGAGUUCAAGCUCACGCGGAAGAAGUUGCUCGAGGAACAACAGAUCCACAGACGUGCGCAGCCAAUGGACGAAGAUGUUGAGCAGAAGGAUGAGAGAUGUGAGGCAUUUGAGGACACCCUUCCGGCGACACAAGCAAUACAACCUCUUCAUCCUAGCCUGUUGGCCCCCCAGCUUGGCCUAUUGCCUCCCCAGCUCAGCCUAGUGCCUCCUCAGCCCAAGGGGCGGCCUGCUGAGCCUGACCUAUUGCACCCUCAAUGGCAGCCUCGCCCAUUGUCUCCUUCCCCCCAGAUGGACCUGCCGCAGCUACGGCGUCAACCAGCUCUACGUGAAAGGAACAAGGUGACAGUCAAGGAGGAGCGAGUGUCUUAUACGGAUGAGCUUGAAACAGAUGAGCUCGCAACGGAUGGCCUAGAGACAGACCCCCUCGUCGAUUUCCCACUUACUAGCGGAGAGACAGAAGACGACCCUGUGGCCACCCUUGGUAACACCGUGUGGCGGGAGUAUGUACGGAGAUGUAAUGAUCCUGCGACUGUUCCAGAGACUGUCAACGAUGCAAAAGAUACUGACUUCAAUGUUCGAGAGUCUGUCAGGAGCGCGAAAGAUACUGGAAUGGAGGAGGAUAUUGUCUGGAGACCCAAUGAUCCUACAUAUGUUCACAAGACUACGAGCUACGCAGAGGAAGCUCCCCCCCAUGAUGAGUCCACUUCAGGAGACGCGCUUACAGACGAAGAGUUGGCCAGAAAGUUGCAGGAAGAAUGGGCCAAAGAAGAUGCGGAGCGUGCAGACUCUGAUGCUGGAGAGUCGACCAGAAGGGCCAAGGAGAUUGACCCCGAGAUGGAGCUUUGGUGGUUUCUACUAAGAGAUACUGGUCUUGAUGAUCCAUAG